GUAUAGCCACUCUGAUAUGAGAAAGUGGGUGUUGGUAGGAGAAAGUGUACAUGAAAAGGAGGCUUUCUGCCAACACUCACACUGCAAACUGAGGCAGAGAAAAUGGCAACUAAAGCGGCCAGCGUGCUCAUCACCGGAGCCAACAGAGGCCUCGGCCUGGAAAUGGUUAAGCAAAUGGUGGAGGGCUCCCGUGACGUGAAGAAGCUGUUCGCCUGCUGCAGGGACCCAGAUGGACCCAGGGCCGAGGCCUUGCAAACACUGGCAAAGAAGCAUCCCGACGUCAUCGUCGUCGUCCGUCUGGACGCAACGGACCUUUCUAGCAUCAAACAGUGUGCACAGCAGGUGUGCUCCGUGGUUGGGAAGGGGGGCCUCAACCUGCUGAUCAACAACGCAGGCGCAGCGGUUAAAACCACCUUCCAGGAAACCACUCCGGAGGACUUGCAGUACAUGUUCAACACCAACGUCAUGGGCCCUAUGAACGUCAUCAAAGAGUUCCUGCCUCACCUGCGCGCAGCGGCGAAGGCCAGCGGGACGCCCGGGAUGUCCAGCGGCAAAGCAGCCGUGGUCAACAUCUCGGCGAUCCUCGCUUCGUUCGAGAGCGUGAAGGAGUCUUACGCCACCCACCCGUUUUUCUCCUACCGCAUCAGCAAAGUGGCUUUGAAUAUGCUGACCAUGUGCACUGCAGAGGAACUGAAGAAGGAUGAGAUCCUGUUGUGUGUGCUGCACCCUGGGUGGGUGCGCACCGACAUGGGUGGAGAAAAGGGGGACAUCGGUGCUACGGAGAGUGUGCAGGGGAUGCUCGAAGUGAUGGCCUCUCUGACAGAGAAGCAGAGCGCAGGCUUCCUGGACUGGAAGGGCAGGUCCAUCCCCUGGUAGCUUUAAAGCAGCGCUUCAAAAACUGCACUCAAUCACUAAAUGAACCAAUACUUCAUGUCACUGCUUGGCUUACAUCGUGCUCAUUUCUACACAGAAUCAUGCACUUUAAUGAGGUGAUACUUGUUGAAUUCUGAAAUAAACUUGUGUGCUCAAUGA